UGGAGGUGGGAGGAGUCUGGCUUGGCUGACGUCAGCGGCUGUGUGGAGGAGUAUAGGCUGUGCUGUCAGCCCAGUGUCAGUCUGAUGAAGAUUGGCAUGCAGCUUGGACUCUAAAGUCAACCACAGGGGAGAAGGCUUACAUGUUACAGGAUGGAUGGCGCUGAUUCACACACUUCUGUCACAGUCUCAUUGUAAAGCUGUCCCAUGAUGAAACAUGUGUCCCCAUCACCUGCAGUGACAAUGAUGGCCACCCAGAGUGUUCCUCCACCAUCAUACCAGGAGAGCCAACAGAUGACGGGCACCACUCCACAGAACAACAAGACGACGCAGGUCCAUAUCCCAGCUGCCUCUGCAGCAGGAAACAGCUCUGUCAGCGUGACCCUUGACACCCAGACCCAGCUCGAGUCUGACAAGAGGGCCGUUUACCGUCAUUUUCAAAGACAUCCAUUAUUCCCCCUGUUGGGGCUUCUCUUUGAGAAGUGCGAGCAGGCUACACAGGGAUCCGAAUGCAUCACCUCAGCCAGCUUUGACGUAGACAUCGAAAACUUUGUCCACCAGCAGGAGCAAGAGCACAAACCUUUUUUCAGUGAAGACCCAGAGCUGGACAAUUUGAUGGUAAAGGCCAUCCAGGUGUUAAGGAUCCACUUGUUGGAGUUGGAGAAGGUCAAUGAACUCUGCAAGGAUUUCUGCAAUCGCUACAUCACUUGCCUCAAAACCAAGAUGCACAGCGACAACCUUCUCCGUAAUGACUUUGGAGGUCCCUAUUCUCCGUCCCACACCAGUCUCAGUUUACAGCAGGAACUAAUUCCGACCUCCUCUCCAUCCAUGACCUCUGUCUCCAGCUCUGCAAACCCUUCAGGGAUUGUGGUGCCAGAGGGUCUGCAGCAGAGCAACAUUGCCAUGACGGCCAUCAAUUCACCAGUGGUGUCAGGUGGGACCCUGUACCAGUCAGUUGCCAUGGUGACAUCACAAGGGCCAGUGUUAACGCAGGCGCUACCGACAGGAACUAUCCAGAUUCAGAACUCACAGGUGAACAUGGAUCUGACAUCCCUGUUGGACAGUGAAGACAAGAAGUCCAAGAACAAAAGGGGGGUGCUGCCCAAACAUGCCACAAAUAUCAUGCGCUCUUGGCUCUUCCAGCAUCUCAUGCAUCCAUACCCAACAGAGGAUGAGAAGAGACAGAUAGCAGCACAAACAAGUCUCACCCUUUUGCAAGUGAACAACUGGUUCAUUAACGCCCGCCGGCGUAUCCUCCAGCCCAUGUUGGAUGCCAGUAACCCAGACCCAGCUCCCAAAGCUAAGAAAAUGAAGUCGCAGCAUCGUCCAACACAACGCUUCUGGCCUGACUCCAUCGUUGCUGGAGUUCUGCAAAGCCACAGAUCCCAAAUGGGAAACAAUUCAGAAAACCCACUCAGCAUGGACAGCCUCCAGUCGCUGUCCUCAGACUCAGCCACUCUGGCCAUACAGCAAGCCAUGCUUGGUGCUGACGACUCCAUGGACGGCACAGAGGAUGAGGAGGAGGAGGAGGAAGAAGAAGAAGAAGAAGAGGAUGGAGUAGAUGAUGAGGAAGAUGAAGAGGAUGGAAGAGAGGAUCAUGACAGGGGAAGGCAACUGUCCAGGGAAAGAGGGAGGAGAGAUCUAAGCUUGGGGCCCACAGAGGAACUGGACUAAGGGCUACAUGAUCUUUGACCUUAGCUGUCAGCUUCACAGCCCAUUCUUGUAGAACGACUCCAAUGUUCUGCAAAUCUUUAGCAUUUAAGGCCAUUCAAGGUCUUCAGAGACUUAUCUGUGGAACCUGUCAGAAACAUUUGUCUUAACCCUCAUGACUGUAGACACAUUUUAGUUAAGUAUGUUGAGUUAAUGCUGUUGGAAUCUUUUUGUGGGUAACAGCACACUUUUGUACUCCAUAGUUCUGUUUUUCAUGACUUGAAUUGCACAGAAACUAAAGAGUUGAUGAGAUUGUUGUCAGAUUUUUUAGACCAUUAUUAGCCUGUUUGAACAUUUGUUGCAUGCUGUCAGGAAAACAAGACAUUUUGAAAUGCUGCACAGGACAAUGACAACAUGUAUUAAAGAUCUGCCAAGCUUUGUACAAGAAGGUGUGCGAAAACAGCUGUUUAAGGGAAUGUAUUACUGUGGCAUCUGAGUUACCAGAUAAAGGGCUGUAGUCUUUUUG